UUGAAAACAGCUGUUUGGUUAAAGAUACAAAGGAAGUAUAAACAAGUUUAGGUUUUUUUUCCUUUGUUAAGUAUCGUUAAUAAUAAUAAAUAGAGGAUAAUUACUGGUUUUUUGGAGAAUAUAGAUUUUAUCUCAGUACCUUAUAAGGCUCUCUUCGUAGUGUCAACUAGUACCGUCUAUGCUCUCUUUAAUGGCAUUUGACAAAGAAAAUUCUAGAAGAAAACUUAUACAAUUCUUUAUUGCCUUAAGAGAUGUUGGAAAGGAAGCUAGGUACCACAUCUGUGAUGCAUUAGAUCCUUCGCAUGAAUGGGAACGCAAAAAACAAUUUGUUGGUAUUGCUCUUGUCUCAAAGGACGAAAUUUUAAAUGAAAACUUUUCCAUUUUCAAGGACUUUACACGAUAUUUGCAUGCACUAUCUGACAAAAGAACGCUGCAGUCGAGAGUGGUAUAUCAUGAACGUAUUGCUGUAGCUUUAAAUGCUGGUGCUAAGAACUUUUACGAACAUGGAGAAUGUCGUCUGUUGGAUCCUAGUAGGAAACUUCUAUUUGAAAUCAUUGAUGAAGAGAUUGAAAGUAAAACAGGAAAUAUAAUGGACAACACAAAUAAGAUAAUAACUUUUGACAAGGGUGGAAAGGGUGUUUUAAAAAAUAUGAAAAAAUCAUAUACUAAAUUAUUUCAUGGGUUAAACGAUUCUGUCAUACUUCUGUUCUCGUAUUUUAUUCCAUGUUCUAUUGAUUUCUAUAAUUGCUCUAGACUAAUUCACAAGUUUGUCAAUGUUUCUGGUCUUAACAUGGCGAUCUGUUACGAAAGUAUUUAUAAGUUUUCCGACAAAUGUUUAUCCUUAAGCCAGAUAACUAUGGAAAACGUAGUUGUUGUUGACUGUGACGAAAUAUGGACAGAAAUUCGAAGCCAAAUAAAGCCUUUAAUUAACACAGAUACAUUUCGAUUUAAAUAUGAGUUUCUUAACGGCGAGUAUGAUAAUGACUUUGAUGAUGAUUUUGAAGAUUUCGCUGACGAUGUUUUGGACUUUAGAAAGAGUACACGUAUGAGGCAGUUUGGGAAAGCACUUUGUAGAAAGAUGAUGAAACGAUACAACAAAUUUCAUUUCUUUAAAAUAGUUGAUAUGAUAAGAAAUAUAAAGAAAAUGUAA